GGGGGCGAGUCGCGGGAGCGAGCUGGGGCGAGGAAGCGAUCCCCCCCGCCAUGGAGGAGCGGCGCACGGGGCUGGCGGCACCGGGCAGGAAUCGGUGAAAAGGUUUUAAGACCAGGGUUACAACCUGGUUUGGUGGAAACCCAGCUAAACCAUGGAUCUGGAGAAGCCAUCUGUCUGGGGAUCAUUCAAGCAAAAAACAAAACCUUUGUUUCAAAACUUGAGCAUCAGAAGGACUAGGAAAAGCUCUACCAAACUGGUGGAGACGAGGCAAAGGCAUCCGUUAGAUCGUCGUCUUAGUUCCUCUGUGCCGGACAUGUUGAACGUGGAGACGACCGUUGAAGAAGAAAUGGAUUAUUCACGUUCCAAAGCUCUGUCCACUUAUUUCUCGAGUGGAUUUUCUGCAACGGAGAUGUUCCUUCAGGACAGCAGCAAUAGCUCUUCCACGAAACAGAGUGCGGGGGAUUGGCAAUGGAGCCAGCAGGAGACUGUGCACUUGGAAAUUGGGGUUAGUGGACCGGAGGAACCAGCUGCUUGUGGCCCUGGAUCAGAAGUGAAGCGGAAGCCCAGUGAAGAUCUCUUUGAACUGCUAAAAAGAAGCAGUUUUAGCAGUGACGCUGCAGAAGAUAUACUUGAGCGCUCGUGUGGCGGAGGUUCCAACCUCAAUUCCUCUUGUUCUUCUCAGCUAUUUGACGAGCAACCGAUGCUUGAGGAAGGAAGUGAUUGUUUGAGUAAAUUGCCCAGCUCAUUUGCAUAUCUCUUAACGAUACAUCUGAAGGAAGGCAGAAACUUGGUAAUCAGGGAUCGCUGCGGCACAAGCGAUCCAUAUGUGAAGUUUAAGCUGAAUGGGAAGACCCUUUACAAGAGCAAAGUCAUCUAUAAGAACCUGAAUCCUGUUUGGGAUGAAACUGUCAUACUUCCAAUACAGGACCUUGAUCAGAGACUUUACAUGAAGGUAUACGAUCGAGAUUUAACCUCUUCAGACUUCAUGGGUUCAGCUGUUAUUACUCUUGGUGAGCUGGAACUGAACAGGACUAUUGAGAAGAUCCUAAAACUGGAAGAUCCAAACAGCUUAGAGAAUGACAUGGGCGUGAUUGUGUUGGACUUGAGACUAGCUGUAAAACAGGGAGAUAUUAAAAGAAAUAGAUGGGCAAACCGAAGAAAGCGCUCUACACCCAAGGCAAGCGUUAUUCGAUUCUCCAGGCUGACAGAUUCUUGGCGGAAGAACCAGCUGUGGAAUGGGACGGUUACCAUUGCCUUACUGGAAGGGGAGGCCAUCCCCGCAGGGGGCAUGACACAAAUAUUUGUUUUGUUGAAAAUGGGAGACCAAAAGUAUAAGAGCAAGACACUGUGUAAGAGUGCAAAUCCACAGUGGAGGGAACAGUUUGAUUUUCACUACUUCUCUGACAGGAUGGAUGUGUUGGAGAUUGAGGUCUGGGGAAAGGACAGCAAAAAGCAUGAAGAAGUUUUGGGAAUGUGUAAAGUUGAUGUUGGUGCCCUCCCGGGAAAACAGGCAAACCGAUUGGAAUUGCCCCUGGAGAAACAGCCCGGGGCCCUGUUGAUGGUGAUCUCUGUCACUCCCUGCUCAGGAGUUUCUAUCUCUGACUUGUGUGUCUGCCCUCUGGAAGACCUCAGUGAGAGGAAGCAAAUUUUCCAGCGCUAUUGUAUAAGGAACUCUUUCCAGAACAUAAAGGACAUUGGAUUUUUGCAAGUCAAAGUAUUAAAAGCUACUGACCUGUUAGCUGCUGAUUUUUCAGGAAAAAGUGAUCCUUUCUGUGUAUUGGAGCUAGGGAAUGGCAGACUUCAGAGUUACACCGUAUACAAAAACCUCAAUCCAGAAUGGAACCAGGUCUUCACCUUCCCCAUUAAAGACAUCCACGAUGUUCUAGAAGUGACAGUGUUUGAUGAAGAUGGAGAUAAGCCUCCUGAUUUCCUUGGGAAAGUUGCCAUCCCUUUACUGUCUAUUAGAAAUGGGCUGCAAGGUUGCUACACGCUAAAGAAUAAAGAUCUGGAACUUCCUUCCAAAGGUGUCAUCUACUUGGAGCUGGAUGUCCUGUUUAAUCCCGUAAAAGCCUGUAUCAGAACCUUUUCUCCACGUGAGAGGCGGUUUCUGGAAGACGACUGCAAGUUUUCGAAGAAGAUCCUGUCGAGAAACGUUGACCGUGUGAAAAGAAUCACGAUGGCCAUAUGGAACAUGGUGCAAUUUCUCCGAAGCUGCUUUCUCUGGGAAUCUCCUGCAAGAAGUGUGAUAGCAUUUGUGGUGUUUGUCAUCACGGUUUGGCAUUUUGAGUUGUACAUGCUGCCCUUGGCUUUGUUGCUGCUGUUUGCUUACAACUUCUCCCUCAUUUCUCCGGAGAAAGUCACCUACUCCCAAGACCCCCAGGACUGCAUUUACAUGGAGGAGGAUGAAGAUGAUGAUGACAAGGAAUCUGAGAAAAAAGGCUUAAUAGAAAGAAUCCACAUGGUCCAAGACAUUGUUAUCACGGUCCAAAACCUUCUGGAGGAAAUAGCAUCUUUUGCGGAGAGGAUAAAGAACACAUUCAACUGGUCAGUUCCUUUCCUCUCUUGCCUGGCCUGUUUAGUACUCACAGUGGUCAUGAUCACGCUAUAUUACAUACCACUACGGUACCUCAUUUUAAUCUGGGGCAUAAAUAAAUUUACUAAGAAGCUUAGAAAUCCUUAUGCCAUUGACAAUAAUGAGUUGCUCGACUUCCUCUCCAGGGUGCCAUCUGAUGUUCAAAGGGUGCAACGUGCUGAACUGAAACCAUACAGCGGCUCUAGUCCUAUUAGGAAGAAGCGGAGUGCUCUGUAGGAUAAGAAGCUUGGAAUGUGGUGUGCACACACACUCUGUCACACACACACCUUCCACUACAACUGCGCACACAGGGCCUCCCUUACCCCUUUCCGAUCACAUCAGUGCUAUGGCCACUGCCUUGCAUCCAGUAUGCUUCAUCUGGAAGACAUAUGCGGACUAGUUUAGGGUUUUAGUAUCAUUAUUAUUAUUAAUAAUAAUAUGUAACCUAUCCUGUGUGUUUACUGAUUACUGAAGCUUACUGAUUUGGCCCUGCAAGAAUAGAAUCAGAAUUGCAGAAGCCAGAAUGGCUUUCUGUGUGGAUUUUGGAGUCAAACCAUAUGGGAGACUUCCUCUGACUUUUGUAUCACAGAAAAGCAAUUUUAUUUUUUUGCUUCACACAGCAGAUCAGCAAAGCUGAUAUGAGAUAUUCUGGACUUUCUCCCCCUUUUUUAAAACAUACCCAGCAGAUUUGCAUCAAAGAUACAAGAAAGGAUUCAUUGCUUGGCGAAAUUGCAGUGCGUAGAUGGUUUUAAACUCUGAAUUAACGAGGCUUUGAUACCCAUCUCCAGCUUUAAGCAACGUACAGUUUAAAAUGUUGUUUUAUCGUAAUUACAAGAAAUUGUUCAAUGCUCCUGCAUUUUUGAUUUUUUUUUUUCAUCCAGCAGUUGUUGCUGAUAUAUAUUCAUUACAAACCGUAGCUGCCUGACGCCAGAACCGCUGUCCUUGGGAGGAACCUGUUGCAGGCAAUGGGCGUCCUUAAAGCUUCCAUUCAACAGGAAUGCAGGAACCAAAUCUUUUCCUGACCCUGCGGAUUUCCAUCUUGUCAAACUGCCUCUUCCCCACUGCUAUCAUCUUAAUCCAAACACAUGCCAACACUACAUAUGCAAAAUAUUUUUUUAUAACCUUAUAGGCAUUGAGGUGCACCUCGUAAACAGACACGUGGAAAAUGUUGUAACAAAAAUACCCGUGAUAUUUAAAACAAGCUGCUCUGUUUUCAUUGUGCAAUCCAGAGGGGGUUUCCAUUGUACUGUUGAGUUGGGAUACGGAGCAAUGCAAUGACUCUUGAUUGCUAGUCCUUCUUGCCAACACCCAGCAUCUUGUGUAGUUGUGCCUGUUACUGAAAAGCAGUGGAAAAAAGAAGGUGGUUGUUGACUCCACAGUUGUGAAUUCACAUCCCCUGAAUGUGUUUAGUUACUCCUUUAAGGCCACAUGUUGGUCUAGAGCGGGGGGGGGGCACCUCAGGCACGGGGGAACAAUGAGACCCUGCAGGAAUCUCUGCCUGAUUCUUGGGACUCCCCCAGGCCACACCUCUGAUCAGGCUUGCUGCACAUCCUGGAGUGAUUUUGCCUACCUAGAAUCUGCCUUUAAACUGCGAUGAUACCUCUUGAUUUCCUGGAUAGACAGGUGUGUGCAUGUAUAAGCCUCUUGUUUAUACGGUACAUCCAUUGCUCUGCUCGCUUUUGCCAUUGGUCCUGCACACAACUGGCAGGUAGGCCUUGGAAGAAUCACCAGAAGGGAAGGUGCCCCCCCCGGCUCCCUGGCUGAAAAGGGGUAAGUCGCCCAACCUCUGUGGGCUGUUUAGAAGGGGGGCAGGGCUGGCCACUUGUCAAGCGUUUCCGUUUGUCCACCUGCUUUGAAAUCAAGCCGCAAAGGCAAAGACAUGGGGCUUGGUAAGCCUUGGCAGUCAGUUGAUCAGCAGUGCCUACAAACCGCUCUUUCGGCAGGGAAUCGUAACCGGCUCCACGCCUGACAUCACGUAUGACAUCGGGUGAAGGCCAGGUGGGGCAUGGCUUGGAGAAACUGGCUUUGUGAGCCAAAUUAGGACCCCUGCUGGUCUUAAUGAAGCCCAUGUGGUUAGACUACAACCUGCAUCAACCUCGCUGGCUAGGAUAGUCAAUAGUUGUAGUCCAACAACAUCAUAUGAACAUAAGAAGAGACUGCUGGAUCGGGCCAAUGGCUCAUCUGGCACACCACCCUGUCCUCACCGUGGCCAACCAGGUGCCUCUGGGAAGCCCGCACAUAGGAGAGCAGGAGUAUUCUCCCCUCCUGCAGUUUCCAGCAACUGGUAUUCAGAAGCAUGCUGCCUCUGACUGUGGUCAGAGGAUAGUUAUGACUAGUAACCACUGAUGGCCUCAUCCUCCGUGUAUUUGUUUAAUCCUAUUUUAACGCCAUCCAAGUUGGUGGCCAUCACUGCCUGUUCCUGCGGGAGUGAGUUCCAUAGUUUAACUAUGCACUGUGUGAAGGACUUGCUUUUGUCUGUCCUGAACCUUUCAACAUUCCACUUCAUUGGGUGUCCAUGAGUUCUAGUAUUAUGACAGAGGGAGGGGAAAAAAAUCCAUAUCCACUUUCUCCGUGCCAUGCAUUAUUUUAUAAAUUUCUAUAAUGCCACUGCUUACUCGCCUUUUCUUUAAAAUGCCCAAAUGCUGCAACCUUUUCUCAUAGGGGAGGCACCCCAUCCCUUUAACAAUUUUGGUUUCCUCAACCUUUUCCAGCUCUACAGUGUCCUCUUUGAGGUGAGGCAACCAGAGCUGUACACAGUGUUCCAAAUGCAGCCACGCCAUAGAUUUGUACAACAGCAUUAUGAUACCGGCAGUUUUAUAUUUUCUAAUGAUUCAGCCUUGGGUCCCAUAUGGCAGACAUCAGUCCCCAUGAGCUCCUUUGGUCCAACAACAUCAUAAGAGCAUAACAAGAGCCUGGCUGCUGGAUCAGGCCAAUGGCCCAUCUAGUCCAGCAUCCUAUUAUCACAGUGGCCAACCAAGUACCCCAGUGGGAAGCCUGCAAGCAGGGCCAGAAUGCAAGAGCACAUCUGGGGAAGGCUGGUCUGGAGGCACAAUUCUUGCUUUGGAUGUGAGAAGCCGAGAGAUUCAAUUCCCAGGCAAGCCUAUCCUCCAGGAGGAAGGGAGGUGGAAACAUACCUUUAACAAGGCACUAGGGAGAGAAGAGGGGAAAGCUAUCCUUUUUUAUGCCCGCGUGAGUUUCCAAAGUGGGCAUCUCCCUGGCCAGUACUGGAAUGCUACAGUAAAUGGGUCUUUGCCUGAUCUUGCAAGCCAGUUCUUAUGUUCUUAAGUUCCUAUGAAACAUCAUUGUGAGGCAGGUGGAGGAACAUCCCACUGAGGUGAGGAUAUUGCCCUGGAAUAGUUUUCUAUCAGACUAUGACUGAGCUCCUUAAACUGAGCAUCAGUGGACCUUGGGGGAUUAGAUACGAGGCUGGCUCAAUGAAGGCUCAGGGCUUUAUAAAGACAGUAGGCUCCAACUCCAUAUCUGAGAAAUGUGCCUCAAGCAGGAAAUAUGCUGGAGCUCAGUAUCUCUUAGGUCUUGCUAGAUCACAUACAUGCACAAUGCAUGCCAUGAAAACUUAAUGGGAAAUUCAUACUGAAUCACUUAUUUUUUAGAUCCACUUGCUUUUCAUCAGACACAUUGUGUUACUUCAAGCAUCUUUCUGGUUGGGCUUACAGGAGAUGUUAAUUUUAUAAAUAAAAAGU